AUGAGGACUAAAUCCGGGUACGAAGCCUCAUUUGGAGCCUCCAAAGACCCUUUCUUAGGGUGCAAGGCCUUAGUUAGGUCGCUGCAAAUUCAGCAACGGGUCGCUGCGCAAGCCUCCCUUCGGCACUGUCCUCCAAGAAGUGGGGUGGCGCUGGCUGCCUCCGAGUCAGCGGCUCAGCGUCAAGGAGGGAGACUGGACCACGGCGAGGAUGGCUGGGCACGGCCAUCUUCUCCUGAGGUACCCCGUGUGCACAGGGCGCUGAUGAUGGCUUCUGCCUGGGAGAGGAACCAUUACCACUCACAGCUGGAGAAAGCAGCAGCUUUCCUCCCCAGUCUCAUUGUUGAGGACUGUCUCAGGAGUGACAAUCCCAUUCAGACUGUCCACGGAGUGCUGCUCUUUGCGGAUAUUUCAGGUUUCACUGCUUUGACAGAGAAAUUCAUCCAGAGGAGCGGCCCAGACAGAGGCACUGAUGAGCUGGCGCAAACCCUCAAUGACUACCUGUGUGACAUUUUGGAGGAGAUGCUGAUUUUUGGAGGAGACAUCUUUAAGUUUGCUGGGGAUGCUGUGCUGGUGCUGUGGAGAGCACCACCCCGGGAGCUGGCUAAGACCAUCAGCCUGCUGCUGCAAUGUAGCCGGCAGAUCCAGAGGAAGUAUGGGAAUCGUGACACGCGCGUGGGUCAGAAGGUCCGACUGAAGAUAGGGAUCUCUGCAGGGCCCAUGGACCUCCUGCUAGUCGGAGACAGGAGGCGGCAGUACUUCUUGAUCUGUGGCCAGGCCCUGGAUGAAGUUCGUGAGGCCGAAGAGCUUGCGAACGCAGGUGCCAUGAGGCCCGCUCUUCCCCUGCCCAGCGGUCCUAAUGCGCACGACAUGCUUAGCAAGUACAUAUCAGAAGCUGCUCUCAGGAAGCUUGAUGACAGAGUGCCGCUGGAACUCUUCUCUGAGCUACGGCCAGUCACCAGCCUCUUCGUCCAACUGCAGUUGACUGCAGGUAUCAACACAGUGGCCAUCCACACCGCCGUCCACGAUGCCAGCAGGAUGAUGCUGGAAAUCCUCUGUCCUCACAAAGGCGAAAUCAACAAAAUCGUCCUGUUUGAUAAAGGCUGCGUGUUCCUCUGUGUGUUUGGCCUCGGCGGAGAAAAGCUGCCCUACGAGAGCAUUCACGCCUUGCAGAGUGCUAGUCAGAUCUUCAAUUCCUGCUCCAUGAUGCUCAUGGAAACAGAGGCGGUGUCUGUUGCAGUUACCAGUGGGACGGUGUUCUGCGGAGUCACCGGCCACCCUCUGAGGCAUGAAUACACAGUCAUUGGCCAGAAGGUGAAUUUGGCAGCCCGGAUGAUGGUGCACUACCCUGGGCUGGUGUCCUGUGAUGCAGUGACCUACGCCUCCUCUCGGCUGCCCCCUUACUACUUCAAGGAGCUGCCGGAGAGAAAGAUGAAAGGCCUCAGUCAUCCUGGCACUGUCUAUCAAUAUGUGGGGAUCACCAAGAAGAGCAUAUUUGGCAUGGGUCUUGCCAAGAAGAGGUCAGAGUACGCCCCCUUACUGGGUCGGGAGAAGGAGAUUGACCUCUUUGGCAGCUGCUUGAAAGCCUACGAGGACUUAGGACAAAGGCACAUCCUGGCAUGAGGGACGAUGGGCUCCGGAAAGAGCCACUUACUUACCGAACUGGCCUAUUUCGGCCAGGCUGCUGGCCACAGGGUAGUUGCCAUGGAACUGCUAGAGGUCAACAUGAAGCAGUCCUUCUGUGCCAUCCGUACGCUGAUGGCCAGGGCCCUGGGCCUCCAGGACUGUGAACAGUGCGGUGCCAGGCAGCACACGCUGCAGACAGAGCUCCGAGGGACAAUUGAAGAGAGCAGCUUUUGCCUCCUCAAUGACAUUUUCCUUGUCGAGUUUCCCGUUUCGGACAAGGUUCGCGAGAUGCGUGGAAUUGAAAGAAAAAAGGAGUUGCACUCGACUUGGGCAAAAGUGCUAGAGAAGACCAUUGGAGGAGAAUUUGGCAUAUUCGUCAUUGACAAUGCCCAUUUCAUCGACCCUGCCUCCUGGAGUAUCAUGUCACCCCUGCUCCGAAAUGUCUCCUACUUCAUGGUCAUGAGCUUAGCGCCGGGCUACGCAAGAACAGAGGGCUUUUGCAAAGCUGCAGCAGACAACACAACGUCCCAGAAAAUCACCUAUCUUCGUCUGGAUGAGCUGAAACCUUCAGCUGCGGUGCAGACAGUCUGCCAGAACCUUAGAGUGGACAGCACAGAUCUAGCGAGGUUCCUGAUCCAAAGAAGCUCGGGGAUCCCGUAUUACUGCAAGGAGCUGCUGGGCUGCCUUCUUUGCAACGACAUGCUCUUGCUCCGCACCCGGAGGCGGGCUGAAAAAGCAGAGGACAACUGGGAGAGCCUGAUCAUUGAGGCUUCACCCCUCGCAGCAACCUCGAGCUCCAGCGCGGGGAAUGAUGGCAGGGUCUGCAUCAUCAGGCCAGACGUGAACCCGGAGAACACGGUGCUGCCCACCACCUUGAAAGAGAUUGCGCUGGCCCAGCUGGACCGGAUAAAGCCACUGAAGCAGACGGUUUUGAAGUUUGCAGCUGUCAUCGGGCCAGUGUUUACCACCCAGCUGCUGUCGCACAUCCUUCCUGAUGGCAUGAGGCACAAGAUGAAUUGCUUGUUGGACAUGCUGGUGAGCGACAACAUCCUUAAGUGGCUGAAAACCACAGAGGUGCCAGAAGAUGUCCGAGAUCCUACCAAGAGGCCAGGCACCUCUCGGCAGGCAGGGAGUGGUGUGGAGAGACCCUCUCCGAGCAAGAAGACCACGGAGCGGCAGUCUGGCGUGCUGGUCUUCUGUGUCCCACUGCCACGGGAGGCUGCCUACGAGCUGUGGCCCGAGAGACAGCGGGUCGCCUUGCACCGCAAGUGCGCCGCCUUCCUGGAGCGGCACGCGCACAAAUGCAAGAGCUGCGGCCAAGGGGACUUUGUUGCCUUCCACCGCUUCACCGUCACCAGAACCUGGGAGGGAGGGAGCAGUCAGGGCCCUGCUGAGCAGGGUGACCCUCACAGCUGGGAGGCCUUGGUGCUCGCAGGAGAACAGCUGACCAUUUGCUAG